GCGCUCAGGCGGCUCGCGAGUUUUCAGGAUGAAUGAGCUUUGUCAGAUAUGCUGUAACUUUUGAAGAAUGUUGCAGGAAGGAUGGCUCAAGGAAAAUGGGCAGCUAGUUUCAUGCAGCUGCAGUCAUUUACCAGUUGGAUAUCAGAUUGCACGGUCUGAAGGGCGCGUAUCCAACGCUGAUUAAACUCUCCUGUAUUCCCGUGACCUGUUAACCAGCAAUGCUGCCCUGGAAGAAAAACAAGUUUGAUCUGAUAGAAGACAACAAGCAGCAACAGGGGAAGCAGAAGGGUUAUGCGGUAAGCCUAAACUAUUCAGCAAUCACUUCUUUUGCCAAGUCGUGUCCUGAGAGUGCACUCAACCGAGUGGGAAGCAUGUUCAAGUCCAAGCGGAAAAAAGUGCGCAUAACCAGCGAGGAUCCCACUUACACCGUACUGUAUCUGGGCAACGCCACCACCAUCCUGUCUAAAGGCGAGGGUUGCACGGACGUAGCUGUGGGCAAAAUAUGGGGCAAGAGCGAGCUUGGCAAACACGGCACCAAGAUGAAACUCACCAUCAGUUCCCAAGGCAUCAGAAUGGUCCAUGUGGAUGAGAAGGCAAAGCGUCCGGGCCACCUGUACUUGCUUCACCGCAUUACAUACUGUGUUGCUGACCCGCGGUUGCCGCGGGUCUUUGCCUGGGUCUAUCGGCACGAACUUAAACACAAGGCCGUGAUGUUGCGAUGUCAUGCAGUGCUUGUGUCCAAACCAGAGAAGGCGCAGGCCAUGGCGUUGCUGCUGUACCAAACAUCAGCCACCGCCCUAGCCGAAUUUAAGAGGCUGAAGCGGCGGGACGACGCACGGCACCAGCAGCAGCAGCUGGUGGGGUGCGAGCAUGGGGUACCGCUAGUGCCACUACGAAAGCUCCUGCUGCUCAAUGGACAGUGCUGCUACAAGCCACCGGUGGAGCGAAGCCGAAGCGCUCCUAAGCUGGGCUCCAUCACCGAAGAUCUCGCUGGCGAGGAGGAGGAGGAGGAAGAAGAGGAGCAACGACAGGCUGGAGAUCUUGAAUGUGAGGACAUUUUGGACAUUGAUUAUAGGGAGGAAGGAGGCUCCACGCCUGGUUGCGAUGGAAAGCAGGAGCUAUCGCAGCUCAUCAGUGAUCUAGGAGAGCUAAGUAUCGGCAACGACGUGCAGGUUUUAAAGGCAGACCUGCGGGUAAUGCGGUUGCUGUCUGGUGAGAGUACCAGCAGCGAGUCCUCCAUUGAGAGCAACCAGGACGGGGUGCCCAUAGCAGUCAUUACAAAUGGGUUUGAGGACAGUGGCAGCAGUGAGCAUGAAAUCGGAUGAGCUGAAAAGUGGGGACACAAGCCAUUAAAAGACUGCAGGUGCUGCAGCACCCUGCUGGAGCUCAGUUGCUGUGCCUGAACCUGGGCAUACCUCUCAACCUUUCAUCAGGUGGAUUUGAGAAAGGCAGAAAAGGCAACACUUCGCCAAGGACAUUGGAGGUUCGUGGAAUUAUUGUUGUGAUCUUUGCAAACCAUAGUUGCUGAUGACUGGGCACCAAAGUAUUAUGAAUGUUUUCUCUGGAGUCUUGGCGACAGGAUGGACUGUCCCCUUCCUGAUCAGCUGAGAGAUUCUGAGACUGCAAGGUACCUCUUAAUGUGUGGCAGUUGAGAGGUAUGCCUGAUGUAUUUGUUCUUUAUAUAAAUUAUAUUAAAAAGGUAUGUGCAAUGCUUUCAAAAUCUCGGUCACGCACAAAAUGACUAAGAUUUCGAAUGAUUUGUUUUCUCCUAUCGCAAUGCGAUAACCUAACAAAGACAAUUCGGAAAGUCAAUUUUCUUUGUUAAACAUCCAAGGUACUUUGUGGGUAUGUCUGGCAUAAAUGGGACAUGAUUUCUCUCCUAAAGGACAUCUUCCCUUUCCCGUGGGUCCGGAGAAUGCAGUCUUAUUUAUUACAUUUUGCUUGAAACUUACCUCAGACUGCUCCCGUUUUGAAGAGCUGCCAAAUAAUGUACACCUGAAGUAACUUGUGUUGUAUAAAGAUGACAUUUGUUUACAGUUCUGAAGCAAUCUACACUGGAGUUGUUUUUAAAACUCCUUGACAUUCCAUUGUUUUUGUAAAAUUUGCACUCUUGUGAAGUUCUUUGCCAGUGUUUUAUUUUGUACAUAGUAAGUUCCACAUAAAAUAUACUGUUUUUUAUCUUUGCUGUGCAAAAGAAAACUAAAUGUCAUGUGUUCAAUGUAUAUAUAAUGCAAAGGUGCAUAUACAGUUAUAAUUUUUUAAGAACAGUGUUCGUUUCCUGUUUGCACACCUAGAAACAAUAAAGUAAUUAAAAUAAA